GUCAUCAGUUAUCUUCGUGCUUCAAAACAGUCUCCAUCAAAUCUAAUUCCUCAAAAUGGCAUUCAAGCUCUGCAUCUUGGCCGCCCUCGCGACCGUCGCCGUCUGCGACUCCGCCAGCUCCUCAGCAUACGUUAAAACAUCCCCAUCGCACGGUUACGGCCACGCCGCGGAAUCCUACGGUAGUUACGGCCACGCUGGGGGAUCUGACGGAAGUUACGGCCACGACUCGUACUCCAACGCGCACCCCAGCUACAAGUUCGCUUACAACGUCCACGACCCUCACACCCACGACGUGAAAUCCCAGGAGGAGACCCGUGACGGACACAACGUCAAGGGAUUCUACUCCUUCUACGAGGCCGACGGCAGCAAGCGAAUUGUCCACUAUGCUGACAACGGACACGGUUUCGAGGCUACCGUCCACAAGGAAGGCGGACAUGCUCCCAUCUCUGCCCCUGUCCACUUCGCACCGGCACCCGCUUACAAAGCUGCUCCGAUCUACGAGAAGUACGCAUGA